AUGAGCUGUCGAAGCCCGUCAGAUGAAGAGACCUAUUUUGCUAAGCCAGCGCAUCUUUUCCCAUCCCUUGAAGAUGGGAAAAUCCCCACUGAACAGUUCCUGAGUGCAUGCCAAGGAAUCGCUGAUUUCGUCGGUGAGCAAGCUAGAUGUUCAGCAACUCCAAUUUUGUCUAUGGGCAGAAAUGUCGUCCGCAUUGCUUGCACAGAUAAAGCGCGUCGAAGUUUUGUUCCUCUUGCGAUUGCAUAA